CAAGUCGGCAGUCAACCGAUUCGGAAAACCAAAAAUCAAGAGUGCAGUGUAAGAACUUUAGGCAGCCACAGCUCGCCACUUGUCCUCCAGUCGGAUCAGGUGGUUGGCGAUGGAGAGGCGAAGGCCCCGCAAGUCCUCGCGCCACCUCUUGACGCCCAAGUCCAAUGCUUCGGGUUCGGGAAGAGGAAGUCGCUCCUCAUCGGCUAGUCCCGAAGUGGCAUAUAACCAGCCAACGGGCAAUGGAGUCUCACCCACCAUCACAUCCCUUCUGGGCGGACGUCUUAACAGGGUCUCCCGCCUCACAAGAUCUCCGCGAGGAUUGCAAGUCACUGAAACUCCAGAGAGCGGAGGUGUGGGAUUCACAGACGAACGAGAGUCCGGCCAAUCGGAGACCUCGGAUGUGUCGCCCGGGGUGAUGGUCAGCGCGGCGUCGGCCAGUCCCAGGGGAUCGGCGGUGCACGGACAUCUGAUUGCGUUCGCUGGUCCCAGGGAUUCGGAUAGUCCCCGGAUAUCGGUGGAGGUGCCGGAGGUCUUCAGCACCUCGUCGCGGGCAACCUCCGUUGCGAACAAUCUGCGAUUUGGACCCAAUGUCGCUGAAACUGACAACGGUGGCGGCGUUAAUUUCGGCGCAAAUUCGUACUUCGAUCGGAACAGGAAUAGCAGCAUGAUGUCCGGCACCACCUACGAUGAUUACGAAGAGGAUGACCAGCGGGCAAGCAGUAGUCCGGAUAUCGGAGCCUGCCGUGGUGCCUGGGCGCAGCAGCAGCAGCAUCAGUCCGUGACGGGACACACGGGCAGGGACACUCUGGGCUUCGCCAUCCACCUGGGCACCGCCACCAUGGGCCACAACCGAUGCACUCUGGGCACCGCCUGCGAGGACGACUGUGGCUAUGGCACUGGCUGCGAUGCCGGAUGCAGUGAGGCCCACGGCAUCGAGCCGGGUAGCUUCAUGUUGCCGGCGGUAACGGCAGCGGCCCAGGGAUCGGGAGGUGCACCCUUGAACAGCGCCAUUCGCGGUGUCCAAGUCUCGGCAGUGGGUCCUGGGGGUGGACCUGGUGGCGCUUAUCCUGGCGCCGCUUAUCCUGGUGGAGGUUAUCCUGGUGGAGGUUAUCCUGGCGGAGCUUAUCCUGCCGGAGGUGGCUAUAAGCCAGUUGGAUCUGGCCCCGGACCAGGGCAUGGACCUUCAUCAGGUUCCUCUGGACAGCGCGGAUCCUUUGGCGUCGAUUUAGGCAGUGACCAGUUGAACUUCUUCAUCACCUUUCUACUAGAGGUCCUCGGCGUGCUAGUAUUCUUUGCCAUUUGCACCAUAACAUUCUGGAUUACUCUGGGCUACCACGUUGUUCAGCUGCUCGUGGACCUGAAGAACGCCGAGCGCAAUGUCCAGGUGGCGGUGGCCAUUGUGUUCGGGCUGCUGCUCGUCGCCUUCGCCAUUUCACAGGUGACCAACAGCAGUGGUUCCUGCUGCCAUGCCCGUGAUCGCGCUCGUUCCAGGUCCAAAGGUGGAUGCCCAUUCCACCGGUCUGCCAAAUCCACGGCGAAAAGCAAGCCCAAGAGCUUUGCCCACAAGGCCAGGAGCUGUCCGCAUAAGCCCAAAACCAAGAAGGAAACGAGCGAUGGAGGUGGCUGCCGUCGGAUGUGCAGUGCCAAAAUGGAGCUCCACUCCCACCGAAAGCCGCGUUACACCGACUGCGAGGGUCGGGCCAUUUUCCUCAGCUCCAGACGAUAUGCCAUACCCACAGAGAUGAAGCAGCCGCCAACCAUUGUCCUUUGGCUGCGUGACGUGUUGGCCCGCAUGAUGCAAUAGCCAGCGAGGACCCACUACCCCACGUUGGGCGCCAAAAGCAAGUUAUGAAUUCAACUGACUUGAAACUGAGAGGGGGGAUCUAUGGUCACGGGAGUCUUCCACUUCUACACAUACUGGAUCAAAAUUUCAAGUUCAAUAAACUUUUUAAAAGGUUCAA